GUAGAAGCUACUGGUCGAGAUGGCAUUGACAUUCCAGACCAUGAAGUGAUCACUAGACGAAAACAAUUUCGUAUGAAGAGAAACCGGGCAGAAGACAAGAGACAGAAGAAGGAAGAGAAUAGCAAAAAGAAGGCUGCAAAGGCACACGAACCCCCGAAGAAGAGAGGCAGAAAGGCAGUUGAAAAGGCUGAGCCAUGGAAAGAGAAGGGCCGAAGGAACGAGAGAAAAAACAAGAAACAGCCAAAGAUCCCAGCUUCAUCUUCCAAGGGCCCAGAUUGCCAUAGCCACAAGAUGAAGCGAUACAGAAAGUUUGCCCAAACUUUGAAGGAGUCAAAUGAUGCAGUAGCCCCUGUGAUGAAAUCCAAACUGGCCAAGAAGCAUAGCCAAACAAGCAGCAAGGACACCAAAGCUUCCAGGAAGGACAUGGAGCAGCAACAUGUUCUUGACUCAAGGGUGGAGGACAGCAAGGACCCAAAGAAUGAGGAAAUUUCCCAAACAAAAAUCAAGGGAGAGGGCAAGAAGACAGCAGCAAAGUCAAAGGCAAAGCAGCAGCAGAAGCCAAUGCACGAGCAUGACACACCACCGGCAUCUGCAAAAGAAAAAACAAAGCGCGCCACCAGGGCAAAGGCCAAGGCAACCCCCAAGGCUAAGUCUAGCACUAAGCCCAGCAAGCCAGGUGUUGAAGAUGAGAAGAAGGGAUCGAGGAAGAGGAAAAACAAGCAAUGUGCAGAGAAAAACAAGCAUGCAGAGAAGCCAAAGCGAACUAGGGCACCCAGAAAGAUCGACCCGUCGUGUGUGAACCAGGAGAUGAAGAACCAAGUGAUCCAAACCUUGAAGGAGUGCAAGAGCACCAAUUGCACUCAUCCGUCGGUGAAAAUGAUCAGGAAACCCCAUGUUGACAUUGAGCCUUACAGGACCCGAAAUGCUUGUGGCAUCAAGGUUGCCCGUUCAUUCUUCUCCAGUGACAAGGCCAAAGGUUCUGGGAAGGCUCAUGUCACCUAUUUCUCCGGACAGACCCCUUGUUUCUAUAGCAACUUCAAGCUGGCCGAGCUGUGGGUGAAGCAGUGGGAGCAAUUGGGCAAGCCUGAUCCGCUCUCGGAGGAGAUGACCAAGUUCGUUGCUGAACUCAAAGCCUCACAUGCAGCUGCCGUUACUGAGCACCAGGGUGAACCCGCUACCAAUAGUUGA